AAGGUCAUUUUUUUAGGGACGGAAGGAGUAACAUUAAUUGUUUAUAUACUUCCUCUGUUUUUUUUUCACUUGACCCGCUUUGAAUUUUAUACUAUUCGCCACCCCUCCUCUGACCUUCUUUUGUGAAUAAUAUAUAAGGAAAAAUACAUUCAUAUGAGAUAUUUUUGAAUUUGUCUCAAUAAAUACUAUCAUAAUAUACACACAAAUGUAAUAAAAGAAACAGAUCAAAUAAAAAAAAAUAAAGAAAAAUACCACCCUCUUCACAACUCCCAAUUAAUUUUAGAAACCCCCAAAUUGAGAAUUGACAAAUGCAAAUAGAAUGGCGCGAAUAUACCGGGCUUAUUCAAAAUUUUUAAUUUUCGUCUUCUUGAAUUGAAAAUAUAAAGAAAUGGCAGAAGUGCAGAACUGGAAAAAGAACUUGGAGAGAGAAUUCCAGAGUGAGAAUACCACACAAAUAACUUGAAAUCUUAAGCUUCAUAUGUUAUGAGAAAUCCCAGAUCUCAGGAUUCAGGCUCUUCAUUCUCUUCAAUUUCCCAAAUUUCAGAGCCUCUUGACAUAAAGCAGUGGUUUUCAAGUUACAAUUACCAAUCUCCUGAAUUAGACACAAAUGAAGACUUCUGUUUAUCUCAGAGAGUUGAUGUUGAAGAGAGGGGAUUGUACGUUGAAGACAGUGAGACUGAAGAUGAAGGAACAUGUGAAGAUUUCACAAAGAUUAAUCGCUCCGUCGCCAUUCUUAAAUCCACUGAGGAAGCUAAGAAGCAUGACUUUCCAACUCUUCCUGCUGUUGAGGUUUCAACCAAUCCAGACUCGCUCUCACUUCCAUCUGAGCCUCCUGACAUCACAAAAUGGUUCUCAAGCUAUGUGUACGAAUCUCCAGAAGUAGAUAGUGCUGAUUUUGAUGUUUCACUUUCAAGUGCCUAUACUUCUGGGAAUAAGAAAGAAGUUAACAAGGGAAGGGUAGAUCAUCUAAAGGAGUUUUCAGUAACAAAAGUCAAAGAUGAAAUGCUUAGCUGCAGGGAGACAGUUACAAGACCUAGUGGAGCUGAGAACAACGCAAACCCUUCUACUCCCCAGGUUCCAUCCUAUCCAGACUCGCUCUCACCUCUAUCUGAGCCUCCUGACAUCACAAAAUGGUUCUCAAGUUAUGUAUACGAGUCUCCAAAUCAGAGAGUGCUGAUUUUUGAUGUUUCACUUUCAAGUGUUUAUACUUUUGGGAAUAAGAAAGAAAUUGACAAAGAGAGGGAAGAUCAAUUAAAGGAGUUGCCUGUAACAAAAUUUAAAGAUGAGAUACUUAGCUGCAGGGAGACAACUACAAGACCUAGUGGAGUUCAGGAGAACAAAAACCCUUCUGUUCCCCAGGAGGAUGGUUCAGAAAGUAGUAACUUGUCUCUCAAGAACAGUUUUUGUGUUAAAAGAACUAUAGAUGAACAUAAUACCCUCCCGGAUAAAUCUGUUGCAUGGGAAAGAACUACAGAUGAACAUAGUUUACCAAUACAGCAAGACGAACAGCAGCUGAGCAGCAUAAACCAUUUGAGAUCACCUGCAAAGGCUUCUUGUUGUAGGGAUAGGGCAUUUACUGAAACUGCUGAAGAGAAGACGGAAAAGAAGUUUAUAGCUGCUGAAAAUGAUUCCGGCUGGAUCUCGCUUAAUCAUAAACCAAGAGAAGAUUGUUCUAAAAGUAUCACAAAGGAGAGAGGAGAAUACAUUUCUGCAGAAAAUCGCUUAAGUUCAAUGAAGAGUAAAGUAAGGCCAAGGAUCAACAAGGAAAAUUCUCCUGUAAAUUUGCUUUAUUCUUCUGAUGGGCAGAAGGAUAAAAAGUUGAGAAGAGAGGUCCUUAAAGAAACAACUAACUUUGACUAUUCUCGUGUGCCAGAGGUUGCUGGGAAAUGGAAAUGCCCACAGAGAUAUAAACCAAACAUUGGACCUCCUCUGAAGCAGCUCCGACUUGAAAGAUGGGUUUAUAAGAUGUAAAUUGUUGCUACUGUCACUAUGAUAUACAGGUCUGAACCCUCUGAUGAUAUGUAAUGCAGUAUGAUAAGCGUUUCUAGCAGUACUACAAUAUUUGAUCAAAAAUGAAAAUUUUGCAAGAUAUACAAUGAGACUUGAGUGCAAAUUGUGGGAUCGGUAGUGAUACUAUUGUCUGUAUCACUGUAUGCACCUUGUUAUUUCAGUGGAAAGCAAGCUUUCUUAAGUCCCACACUCAAAUGUUGGAACGGUUUGAAUGGUUGUAUCAGCGCAGGAGCAAACAUUCUCAAAGGACUGUACAUGAUGAUUUGUGUAUGGGGAUAUGAGGAUUGCUACAUUGGAUAGCCUGUAAUUUUAUGGCAAGAGAGCACAGUAUGCUCUUGAAA